AUUCGCUGCUCACCUCAUCACUGGAGUUCUGGAGUAUAAGAAACAUAUUGACACAGCAGCUGAGGUUGUCCCAGGUGAUCCGAGUCUGUGUCUGUGUGUCUCUGGGGCCCUGCCUCCUGACAGACGGGCGUUGCCCGUGGACUUUUCUCGGGGCCAGCUGGCUGGGACCCCUCUGUGUAUGAAGCAGUACUACCGUCUCUUCAACACAUACCGUCUGCCCGGCCUCAAGAGGGACACCCUCGUCAUCCACGAGACUGGGUCCACCGAGCAGGAGCACAUCAUCGUUGCAUGCAAGAACCAGUUCUUUGUGAUGGACCUAGUGGUAAAGGAGAAAACACUGAAGGAAAUGGACAUCUUAAGCCAACUGGAGAAGAUCGUAAAGAUGGCAGAGAACACAGAGGAGAGACAGCCUCCUUUUGAUUCAGUUAACAGAGAGUCGUUGGCUGUGAUCGAGAAGUGUCUCUGCGUGGUGUGUCUAGACGACCCCAGUGGGAUGGAGGUUGGGGAUACCAGCCGAGCCCUGCUGAUGCUCCAUGGAGGAGGCCAUGAGAAGAUGGGGGCAAACCGCUGGUAUGACAAGCCAAUGCAGUUUGUUGUAGGGGAGGACGGAGUCUGCGGCACGGUGUGCGAGCAUUCACCCUUCGAGGGAAUAGUUCUCGUGGCGUGUACCGAAUACUUGAUGAAAUUCAUGACAGGAAGUCCCUCCAAGAUAGGGAGGGCCACCAGCGUGUCGGAGCUUCCUGCUCCUCGCAGACUGCUCUGGAAGACCACGCCCCACAUCCAGGGCCUCCUGAAGGCCUCUGCUGAGAGACUGCAGAGGCUGGUUAGAGAUCUGGACAUGGAUGUACACAAGUUUGAGGUCUAUGGAAAAGAAUUCAUCAAGAAGCAGAAGAUGAGCCCAGAUGCGUACAUACAGGUGUCUCUACAACUGGCAUUUUACAGAUGCAAUGGACGGCUGGUGUCCACUUAUGAGAGUGCUUCUAUCCGUCGUUUCCAUGAGGGCCGGGUGGACAACAUCCGCUCAGCGACCCCCGAGACUCUGGCCUUUGUGAAGGCCAUGACGGACGAGAAGACAUCUCUCUCUGAUUCAGAAAAGAUUAAACGAUUGUGGGAUGCGAUUAAUGCCCAGACAAAUUCCACAAUUGCAGCUAUUACAGGGAUGGGAAUAGACAAUCACCUUCUAGGACUCAGAGAGAUCUCACAGGAGAUCCAUAUGGAGAUGCCAGAGAUCUUCACAGAUGAAACCUACGUGGCCAGUAACCAGUUCAUUCUCUCCACCAGUCAGGUCCCCACCACAGUGGAGAUGUUCUGUUGUUACGGCCCGGUGGUUCCUAACGGUUACGGGUGCUGCUACAACCCACAGGCAGACCACCUCCUCUUCAGCGUGACCAGCUUCCACGGCAGCACCGAGACCAGCUCGGCCGUUUUUAUCAAGGCUCUGGACGAGGGCCUCGUAGAGAUGAGGGAUCUGUGCAAGACGAGCAAUAAGCCUCAGAGCAACGCUGCUGCUGCCUCGAAGGCGGUUGAGAAAAGCCAAGGAGCUGGCAGCAAGCCUCCGAGCACACCUCAGAAAACAGGGAAAUAAGUCAUACUGAGAUAUCAUUACGGUGUCCGUAUUAGGACAGCCUCAGUAGUCACACUCAACUUCCCACAGAUUACGGUGUCCAUAUUAGGACAUCCUCAGGAGUUACACUCAACUUCUGACACGUGUCCAGGUACGUGGUGAAAGUAGUGUUAGCUAGUUGUCCUGUGUGUAUAUUUUGGUGUUUGUGCGAUAAAAGUUGAUGUUUCUACGACUUUAUCUCUCGAGUCAAUAUGAAUCGUUAACUAUGUAACAAUGUACAUUAAAACUAAAUAAGGAAGGAAACAUAUAGACGUAGAAAAUACGAUGUAGACGCUCUCAUUCACCAUCGGUACUCUGUGGGAGUCUAGACAGAGCAUAGCUCACUGGUCUGGUAAUCGGAAACUAAAGCCAUGCUUGCUAUUUCAGCACUGUAGUGACGGACAGCUCCUCUUCACACAGAGAAUGAACUUACUUACUCAUAAAUGAUCUCAGCGUAUGUAGGCUCAACGUACUGUUUAUUCAGCUUUGUCGAAACAACUCCUAAAUAUAUAUAUAUAUACCGGAAUAUAUCGUUAUCAAUAUAUUCACAUUUACCGUGCAAACAUUGAUCAUAUUGUAUGCUGUAUAAUGAUGCUGCCAAAGAAGGAUAUCUAUCUAGUAAAGCCUAAAGCAGGGG